UUCAAUUCUGAUAUGAAUCUCGCAGUAUAACGUUAUUUUGUGAUUUUCUCUAAACUAUUUCAGUAUCGGUGCAAUUUUCUAUUUAUUAAACUAUGUCUAAGGAACUGAAUCAAGAAGAUAUAACAACCGCAACAGAUGAAAUCCGAAUUAGAAGGGCAAAGAAAACAUAUUAUUUCGAAGACAUAAUAAAUCUAUCUAAUGUUAAUGAGCUACCAAACUUUAUUAUUUCCUCAAUAAAUUGUUUAAAGCACUGCAACAUAUACUUGAGUAUUUCACCCAGCAGAGGAUUAUUAUCUCAUCAAUAUAAACGAGUGAAGGAGAACAUCUUCAUAAUAACAGAUAGAAAUAGUAAAGAGGAUAUAAUAAAGGAAUUAAAAAGGGGAAACAUAUUAAACAUAAAACAUGACGAUGUUUAUAACGACAUCUUAAAAAGUUCAACAUUUUAUAAAUCAUUGCUAGAAAAUGAUGAAAAUGGUCCAUUAAAGAAACAGAAUGUUUCAUUAACACCAGGUACAAUAAUGAGAUGGGAUAACUUAGAAACUAUUUCGUUUAAACAUUCAAUUAAAAGUCGCGGAAAUUUGCCAUCCUUUAACUCGAAGAAAGAAAUAAAAGUUAAAAAGUCGGUAUGUUGUCAUCAGAAUAACUCAAAAGUAACAACAUACUAUACGCAAUCGCCAAAAAACCGCGGAAUGUUACUGUUGAUUAAUAACAUUGACUUUAGAGACAAAGAAAGAAAAAGAAGGGGCGCUAUCGUUGAUCAAGAGAAUAUUGUAAAACUUUUUACACAACUCGGAUUCGAUAUUGUUGAAGAAAAAAAUAAAACCAAAUCAGAAAUGGAGGAAAUCGUAAAAUCGUUCGCAACUAAUCAAAAUUUGGAAAAAUACGACAUGUGUGUUACUAUUGUUAUGAGUCAUGGUGGAAAAAUAAAUGGAGAAACCGUGAUUGAAAGUAUUAAUGAAGAAAAUUUAAGUACCAAAUGGAUUGUAGAACAAUUUUAUGGGGAUAAUUGUAAAGGGAUGAUUGAUAAACCGAAAAUUUUUAUUUUUCAAUGUUGCAGGAAUCCUAUUAAGACUGACGUUCAGAAGGAUUCGCAUAGGGACUCGCAUUUAGUUCCACAGAACAUUUUAUAUGUAGAGUAG